ACGUCAAGCAAGCAAGCGCAGUGAGAACAAACAGAGCACAACAACUGCGGCAACAGCAGCGACGACCACCAACAAACAAACAGCCAUGCCCCAAGUAGCCGUGAACAACCUCACCACUCCCCUUGGCAUCUCCAAGCUUGCCAUCUUUUUCUUCACCUUGUGUGCAUUUGCUGCCGUGUCUGCUUGGAGCUGCUCUGUUGGCGGCUUCAGCGCUGACUACUCCGACAUUGACAAUGGCGAGUUCUUCUUGGCAAUCCACGUCCUUGGCUGGCUUCUGAGCAUCUUCUUCAUCGCGGAAUAUGUCUUCUUCCUCGGCAACGUCACCUCUUGUCUCCCCUUCAACUACUACAUGGCGGAUGCGAGCCUGUGCGUGUCGUGGGGGUUCAUGUCCAUCAUUGCCUCUGGCGUGCAUGCCUCGGACUGGGUCGAUGCCAAAGACAGCGCUGCCUUCAAGGCGGCCUGUGACGGCGAGGAUGGCUACCAGUUUGGCCUCGCGAUGGGGUUCUUUGCUGCGUUUGGAUGGUUCGUGUCCGCGGUCCUCGCCUUCCUGCAGGCGCGACAGGGCGACGCCGCAUUCUCGCACUCGAGCUCGUCGCAGUCGACGACGACGACAAGCAACCCCGACGGAUCCACGACCACAACCACCGUCACCAAGGCAAACGUGGCGCAGCAGUCGUCCCAGCUCCCGUACUGAGCACGACUGAUACGCCUCCACCCCCCUCCACACUACCAUUCUUUGCUUCACGUCGAGGGUGUUCUGUGUCCAUCCAUCUUUGUUUCUUUACAUUAGUGUACAUGUCUGUACUCCCUCUUUAUCUCUUCCUGCCUUCAUCUCUCUCGACUCUCCCAUUCUGUGGUAUUCUCUUUGUCCAUUCGCCUCCGCAUCCCCCAUUGCCACCCACCUCGCCCUAUUCCCUCGUUGGUGUUCCUGGCACCACGUGUAACAUCCCCCCUCCCAAUCGUCGCGCCAAACACCCGUUCUCCCGCCCCGCCCCCAUCCGUGUGCUUGAUGCAUCGCCCUUGAUGCUGUACCUGCCUGCGCUCACCAAACACGUUUCUAGCGUGUGUGUGUGUGUGUGUGCGUGUUGUCGUUUCUUGCAUUGUGUGCAUGUUACUCCACCUCCACUGCGCUUCAGUGCAUUAACAAAUCCACCCCGCCCUUACCCCAAGUGCCACAUUAUCCAUUGUAAAAGAAACCACAAAGGGCG